GACGAUGACCAGCGUACGCUGCGGCGCCCUACCUCAUUAAGAAGCAUACGCUGCAGUGUCUGCACGCAAAAGAAACAACCAUGGGUUCUCUAAUGGCAGGAUGGAGUUCUCCGUUUCAGGAUCCUAACCAUGUCAAGGUUCAGAGGAACAGAUCACUCACCAGAGGAGAGAUUGAUGCAUUCUGGAAAGAAAAGAAGUCCAAGGAAGAAUAUGUGGGCGCAGUCAACGGUCUUGUGGAUAGUAAUCAGGAGAACAUAAACAUAGGGUCCAGCGAAAUGCUACAACCAUCAGGGGAUCUGCCACCGCGUGAUAGGAAGCAGAGCAUUCUGAACAGUAGCUCCAAAUCCGACGCUGACAUCCUUAAGACAAAUUGCUGGUGGACAAGGAGCAGUUAUGCGUUUCUAAAUGCAAUUCCUGUAACGUCCAUGGAAGGUCCUUCUUACAAAUAUGCGUCACAAUAUAACUCCUCUGGUAGUGUAGAGAAGAACGGCAUGUAUGAUUUUGCGGUAGAACUUUUGGAUUACUGUACAUAUGUCCCUGUACGAAAGCUGUGUUGUGUUUAUCAGCAUAUUCUAAAUGUGCUAGUUGGUGGUGUUGCUGAUUUGUUGGCGGAUCGUUCAUCUUCACUUAUCUGGUUCCUGUAG